AUAAGAUUGUAACUCAGAAGUCACCCCCAGAUCUUCAUUGGGGUAAAAAAAAAAGACAGAUUUAAGAUAAGUCGGUGAACCCAAUGGUAAAGGACAAAAAGGUGGGAUGACAUUGGACGUUUCCAGUUAGGCUGUGACUUACUUUGAUGGAAAUAAAUGAUGAAUAUUUUGAGGAAAAAUAAAAGGCAGGUGCUAAAUGCUAGUAAUGUAAGUGGUGGUCGUGUUUCCAAACGAAAUUUUGGGUGUUUGAUGGGUUUGGUCUCGUCGGCUAGCAAAUGCAAAAAUAAAUCUUCCAGGUUUUUAGCACACCCCUUUGUUCGCAAUUUGCCUAACGGAAAGCCAUUCCAACACGUCACUCCUCUCUCUCUCUCUCUCUCUUCUUCGACUUCUUCUUCUCCUCCGUUUAAUUCCCUGUUACCUUUCAUUUCCCUCGUCUUUCCUUAGAAACCAGUCUCAAAGCUUGAAUCUUGAACAAGAAUCCUUGAAACCCAAACAUACAAAGAAACUUGUUUGUUCACUAAAUAGCUUAAAUUUUAAAGUACUUCUCAAUAAAAGAAACACCCUUUGACCUUAUAUUUAUUAUAUUCUUUUGAAAUUGUUUUUAUCGACUUGCUUGAUUAAGUCUACUCAUGGACUCAAUUCUUGAAUCUUAAACCCCCACCCAAAAAAAAAAAAAAAAAGCAAAGAAAACAAAAAAAUGGUUACAAAAUUUGCGGUUACCCAGUUAAAAGCAUCGAGUUUUGGGUUGAAUUAUUUGAUUUCUGGCAAUAAAGAUGUUUCCAAGUUUGGUUAUUUCUCGAGAAACCCGGCUUCACAUCACAAGUUAAGGUUCAAGCUUGUGGCAGCUCAGAGGGAUAGAUGGAAGCUCAAUUACAUUGAUACCAAUGCUGUGCAAGAAAGAAUAAAUUCAUGGCUGUCAAAGACCCAGCAUUUUUUUACUGAGGUAACUUUGCCACUAGUAAAAACUGGUCAGAGUGGAAAGCCUGAUCCUGGAAAUGAGGUUGGCACUCAAGGAAUGGAGGACAUUUUUUUGGGAGAACAAACUAUUCGUAGUAGUAUGCCUAAUGGAAAUCUAUCAUUAGCUGCUAUUGUGUCUAUUGAGCAGUUUAGCAGGAUGAAUGGAUUGACUGGACAAAAGAUGCAGAAGAUAUUUAAAGCUCUCGUUCCUAAACCUCUGUAUGAUGAUGCUCGUAAUCUGGUGGAGUAUUGCUGUUUUAGGUUCUUGUCAAGGGAUGCCUCUGAUCUUCAUCCCUGCCUCAAGGAGCUUGCAUUCCAGAGACUAAUUUUCAUCACAAUGCUUGCUUGGGAGAAUCCUUACUGUGAUAUAAAUGAUUUGCAUGCUCAUGCAUCGAGAAAAGCUUCUUUUGAGGGAAAGCUUGUGGGAGAAGAGGCUUUCACCCGAAUCACUCCUGCAAUUUCGGGUGUGGCUGAUCACCCUACAGUGCAUCACCUUUUCAAAGCUCUUGCUGGUGAUGAACAGGGCAUCUCAUUCAGAGUGUGGCUAACUUAUAUUGAUGAACUUCUCAAAGUGCAUGAAGGAAGGAGAUCAUAUCAAAUCCGCGAAUAUCCACAGCUCUCAGAGGAAAGAAUCUUGUGCAUUGGUUCUAGCAGGAAACGACCUGUUCUAAAAUGGGAGAAUAACAUGGCAUGGCCUGGAAAACUUACUCUAACAGAUAAAGCGCUGUAUUUUGAGGGAGUUAGAUUUCAAGGGCAGAAAGAUGCUAUAAGACUUGAUCUUACAGGGCAUGGAGUGCAAGUGAAGAAAGUAAAAGUUGGACCUUUCAAUUCAGGGCUUUUUGACUCUGGAGUAGCUGUUUCAUCUGGUCUGGGAUCACAAACAUGGGUGCUGGAGUUUGUUGACUUGGGAGGUGAAUUGAGACGAGAUGUUUGGCAUGCAUUUAUCAAUGAAAUUAUUACCCUACACAAGUUUCUUAGUGAGUAUGGACCAGCUGAUGAUGAUCAAUCUCUAUUUCAAGUAUUCGGUUCUCACAAAGGGAAAGAAAAGGCUACAACAGGUGCCAUUAAUGGCAUUGCUAGACUUCAAGCACUCCAGUUUAUGCGAAAGUUGUUGGAUGAUCCAAUAAAACUUGUUCAAUUCUCUUUUUUGCAAAAUGCACCCCAUGGUGAUGUUGUUUUCCAAACUCUAGCUGUAAAUUAUUGGGGUGGACCAUUAGUUGCAAAAGUUACAGAUGCAGGGUAUCCACAAGCUUAUGGAGUGAGCCCUUCUGAAGAGGUAUUUGAAUUCAGUGAUCAUGUAUUUGACGUAGAUGGAAGUGUUUACUUGCGAAAGUGGAUGAGAUCUCCAUCUUGGGGUUCUAGUGCUUCCAUUAGUUUUUGGAAGCAUUCUUCAAUUAGACAAGCAUUAGUGUUAAAUAAAAAUCUUGUUGUGGCUGAUGAGACCCUAGUAGAAAGGGCAGCAGCAAUCUGCAAACAAAAAUACCAGGCGGUGGAAAAAACUCAAGCCACAAUUGACGCAGCGAAACUUCAAGGGAUACCAAGUAAUAUUGACCUUUUCAAGGAACUUAUUCUUCCUUUCAUAAUAACUGCUAGGAAUUUUGAAAAGCUUAGACGCUGGGAGGAGCCACACCUGACUCUUUCUUUUCUUGCAUUUGUAUAUACAAUUAUUUUCAGAAAUCUGCUGCAAUAUGUGUUUCCCAUGGCAUUGAUUGUCUUAGCCACCGGCAUGCUAACACUUAAAGGGCUCAAGGAGCAAGGUCGUCUUGGUAGAUCUUUCGGAAAAGUCACUAUCCGUGAUCAGCCACCUUCAAAUACAAUUCAAAAGAUUAUAGCUGUAAAAGAUGCCAUGCGUGAUGUGGAACACUAUCUCCAGAAUCUGAAUGUUACUCUCCUCAAAUUACGAACAAUUCUCCUUGCAGGUCAGCCUCAGAUAACAACUGAGGUUGCACUCAUGUUACUAUCAUCUGCAACCAUUCUUCUCAUUGUCCCUUUCAAGUAUGUUCUUGCCUUUUUUCUAUGCGAUAUCUUCACUCGAGAGCUUGAAUUCAGGAAGGAAAUGGUUCAGAGAUUCUUAAGUUUCCUGAAGGAACGGUGGCUCACUGUGCCCGCAGCCCCUGUGAUUGUAUUACCAUUUGAGGACGAGGAGUCCAGAUCUGUGAAUCAAAGAAGCCAAACGGAUAAAAAAGCAAUCAGAAAGAAGGAAGAGCAGUCAGAGGCCUAGGUAGUUUGACAUCCACAUACACGGUAAUUUUGUUGUGAAAAAUCAGUUCCUGUAAGGGGUGGAAAAGAAUCCAGACAAGAAAAGAAGAAAAACAAAGCUUAACAUCCCUUUAGAUUUCAAAUUGAUACAAAUCGAAGCAGCUGUGCAGAGUUUGCUACAACAAAAUUUCUAAAAUGGAAGCCAAUGGUGCAAAUUGUAUUGUUCCUGGAAUCAGCACCAACUCAUAACUUCAGUGAGCAAAACAAUAAAACCAUGGCAAAUACCCUUUUAUCAAUACUGUAGAUUUAUUUGUGCAUUUUUUAAGGUUAGCUAG